AUGAGAUUUUUUAUCCCUGCUUCACUCUUGACCUUGUCAACAGGUGCUUUAGCUGCCAUUAGACCAGUCCAAUUCUUUGCUUCUUCCGACAAUGAAGAAAUUAACGGCCAAGGUUUAUACUCAACUCACGAAGGAGCUGGUAUCAACUACUUUUUCUUGGGUUCUGGCCAAACUUUGCAAUACAACGACGAGGCUAGAGUUGUCUACAUUGAAUUGAACUCACAACCGCCAGCUACUCAAUACCUUGCUUUCACCGGUGAUGUUUUGUCAUUGACUGUUGCUGAAGAGCCAUUGCCAGUUGAUAUUGCUGAAGACGGUUCAGUUACUUUCCCAGGCUCCGAUGCUCUCGCUGCUGCCAAGAACAUCAAUGACCCAUACAGAUACUCUGAAUCAGUAUAUGCUGUUGUCAAGGCUGGUGCCGAAGGUUCAGUCCCAUUGACACUUACUGCUGUUUUCGGUGAUGCUACUAAAGAAGAACAACCAAGCUCAAGUGAAGCUGCCCCAGAACCAACUGACGUUGCUUACUUAAACAAGACUGUAACUGUCUUUACCACUUACUGCCCAGAACCAACCACCUUGACCUUGACUGUUUGUGAGACCGUUUGUGAACAAACUGAGGUCACUGUUUCUGAACCUGGUCACGUUACUGUUGAAAAUGUCAAGACCGGAGAAGCCACCAAAGCCCCAGCUGAAACCACUCCAGUUGAAGAACAUUCUAGUAGUGUUGCUGCUGGUGGUGCUUCUCAAGAAGCCACUGUCACGUCAUACGAAGGUGCCGCAGCUGCCGUUGGUGGUGCUGGUUUGGCUGCUUUUGCUUUUGCUGCUGCCGGUUUAGUUUUCUAA